CGCUUUGUUUUGCCAGUGAAUUGUGUUUAUUCCGCGUUAUUUCUGAUCCGGGCGGCUACCCGGCCGAAAAAGGAAUAAACAAUCGGGCAUUGUGUGCUGCCCUCGUUAAUUGUGCCAGAAGAUAAACUAUGGUACUGGACUCCCGAGAUGGGUGCUCGGUCGGUUGGACUGGGCUAGACAGCCGCCAUUCCAUUAUGAAAAUUCUGGCCGGUUGGAGUGCUCCCUUUUGGGAGCCACAGCGCCGCCACUAAUUGCCGGAAGGGCGGGAAUACGAAUCCUAUGAUCGGAGAUGGCUCGUACUAAGCAGACGGCCCGUAAAUCGACCGGCGGCAAAGCGCCAAGGAAGCAACUGGCUACGAAGGCGGCCAGGAAAAGCGCCCCGUCCACCGGCGGAGUGAAGAAGCCUCAUCGUUAUAGGCCAGGCACAGUUGCUCUCCGAGAAAUUCGGCGAUACCAGAAGUCUACUGAGUUGCUUAUACGUAAACUACCGUUCCAGCGUCUGGUGAGGGAGAUUGCCCAGGACUUCAAAACUGAUUUGAGGUUUCAGAGUGCUGCAAUUGGAGCUUUGCAGGAAGCCAGUGAGGCAUACUUGGUUGGCUUAUUUGAAGACACCAAUUUGUGUGCCAUCCAUGCUAAAAGAGUGACCAUCAUGCCCAAAGACAUUCAGUUGGCCCGGCGCAUCAGAGGAGAGCGUGCUUGAAACGUUACACGUUGAGAUUUUCUCAAAGUUAAUUGUAUUUUGAAAUUUAUAUUUUAAAAGGCCCAUUCCUGAAACAAUUUUGGACUGCAGUCUUGGCUCUUGGUGAAGACUGGGCCACCUUUCAUUUUUUUUAGUAUUGAUAAUAAUUUUCAAUGUGUAAGUAGCAGAUCAUUUUGUAAACAUUCUUUGACUCUUGGCUCGGGUUUCAAAAUAAAACGUUUUGUAUCUUUA